AUGGCCGGCGAAGACACCCAGAUAAUCGCGAACGGAACCGUCAACGUCCUGACGAUAAUCCCCACCGAGAAAAUGUCUAACGACACCGUCGAGAUGCACAACAAGCUGAACAACAACAAAUCAAUCACCAACGGCAACGGCAAGGUCCUGGAGAUCACUGCUCUGGAGAAUGGAAAGCUCCUCGCCGUCGGGGACGAAAAGUCCAACAGCUUGCACACAGAGUUCGACGAUGUGGAUGUCUCUUGUGGGUGGGGCCUUUUCAGGCCGUUCUGGCUCCAGUACUUCGCAACCAAACAAGCUUUUUUGGUCAUCUUCUGCCUUACCUGGGUGCUGCAAGGCAUGUACUACACGUACUUUGUCUCAGUGAUAACAACUAUCGAGAAGCUGUUUCAAAUCCAGUCGAAGACCACGGGAAUCAUAAUGUCGGCGACGGAAAUCGGGCAGAUUGGAUCCUCGCUCUUGCUGACUUACUACGGCGGUCAAGGCCACAGACCCAAGUGGAUCGCCUGGGGCAUGAUACUCUUCGCCUUGAGCUCUUUCACCUGCUCUAUGCCCCAUUUCAUCUUCGGCGAGCAGCUGAUCGAGCAGAAGAAAGCGCUCUUUACUAUCAACCCGGACUCCGCUAGCACCUCGAAUCAUGUUACUUCUAGUCUUUGCACACCGCGCACUCAUAUUAAUUCUUCAAUGGAUCUCGAUGGGUCGUACACCACAGACUCACCAAACUUUGGCUCGGACACUACCGAGUAUUGCGAAGGCACAUUUCUGACAGAGCUGGAAAUUCAAUCGAAAAUAACGUCCAUAGUUCUGGCUAUUUUCUUCGUUUCGCUUCUGGGAGUUGGAAUGGGCCAGACAGCUGUUUAUACUCUGGGGAUUCCUUAUAUUGAUGAUAAUGUUGCUUCUAGAGAAAGUCCUUUAUAUUUUGCCAUAACAAUAGGAGUAAGAAUUCUGGGCCCAGCCCUUGGAUUUAUUCUCGGCUCGUUCUGCACAAUGAUCUACGUAGACCCGUCAGAUAAUCCGCAAAUCACGCCUAACGACCCGCGAUGGGUUGGCGCCUGGUGGCUCGGUCUGGUGCUGAUAUCAGGGAUGCUGAUGCUGGUGAGCAUCGCGAUGUUCGCAUUUCCCUCCCGACUGCCGACCUGUAAAUCCUCGCCCAAGAUCGAGGACUCGAAGCCAAGUCUGAAAGAUUUUCCAAAAGCGGUGAAGAGACUCCUAAAGAAUGACAUCCUGAUGUACAGAACAGCGAGCAGCGUGCUUCACAUCCUGCCGAUCGCGGGGCUGUACACCUUCUUGCCAAAGUACCUGGAAACGCAGUUCCGGCUGCCGGCCCACCACGCGAACAUGAUAUCAGGAGUCGGCGGGAUCCUCGUGAUGGGCCUGGGAAUAAUAAUCAGCGGCGUGUUUAUCCUGCGCAUUAAGCCCAACGCAAGGUUCGUAGCCGGGUGGAUAGCCUUCACCGCGAUCGUCUAUGCCGUAGGUAUGGGCACUCUGAUGUUCAUCGGGUGUCCCAUGGAUGACUUUGCCGGGUUGACGACCAACACCGAGGGCGUAACCAGCUUCGAGCCCACAUGCAAUGCCGAUUGCGAUUGUGGACGCAAUAAAUUUAGUCCCAUAUGUGGAGCCGAUAAAAAAACUUAUUUUUCGGCUUGCCAUGCUGCUUGUUCAAAUUUUACCGAAAUUGAUGGCAAAAUAUCUUCUUUUUACGGUUGUCAAUGCAUCGGUCAAAAUGAAACAUUGAACGCAGCAUUUGGAUUAUCAUCAAUUGAAAUGAGCAAAGCAACAAUGGGAUAUUGCGACCUAGAGUGCAGUAACUUCUGGGUGUACAUGAUCCUGUUUUCUCUGUUUGUUUUUAUCCACUCUACCAGUGAAGUGGGGUCGAUGCUUCUUAUUCUGCGAUGCGUCGAUCCCCAGGAUAAAGCGAUGGCUCUGGGUCUCAUACAAUUUGCGAUAGGCUUAUUUGGAAAUGUACCUUGUCCCAUAGUGUACGGAGCAGUUGUGGAUUCCGCAUGCCUGGUUUGGGAUAACUCCUGCGGUGAGCGUGGCGCCUGUUGGCUCUACGACUCAAACAUAUUCAGGAUGUUCUUUCACGGCACUACGGGUGGAAUACUCGCACUGGCAUUUAUUGUUGAUCUCGUUGUGUGGUACAAAGCCGGAAAAAUAAACUUUGUCGACGAGCAGACGGCUCAAGAAGGCUCCCUCGAAGAAAUGACGACUCUUAAACCUCAGGAUAAACGAACCGUUGACAACGAUUACCUGUAA